AUGGCAACGUACGAAGCGCGGAGCAAGACGAACUUGAACCUUGCUGCGAAAGAGCUACUUCGUACAAUCGCCGAGAAAAAGUCGAAUCUUUGCGUGAGUGUGGACGUGACCCUCAAAGACGAUUUGCUCGCCGUUGUCGACGCCGUGGGACCGUUUGUGGCGCUGAUCAAAACGCACGUCGACAUCAUCACAGACUUCGACUGGGACGUGAUCAAGCAACUGUCUGAGCUGGCUGUAAAACACAAUUUUCUCAUUUUUGAGGACCGCAAAUUCGCCGACAUUGGCAACACGGUGAGCCUUCAGUACGCGGCUGGGAUGCACCGCAUUGUGCAGUGGUCGCACCUGACCAAUGCACAUCUCAUCCCCGGCCCCGGUGUGAUAUCUGGCCUUGGCUCCGUCGGCCUGCCUCUCCAGCGCGGCCUGUUGCUGAUUGCGGAGAUGAGCACGCAGGGCAGCUUGACAAAAGAUGCAUACACCACCGCCAACGUCCAGGCGGCCAUGGAAGAUACGUCCAACUUUGUCAUGGGCUUUAUUGCGAUGCACCGCGUCCACAAAGACCCUGCACACAUCUCACCCAAAGCAACCGAAGCGCAGCGCAACAAGGACUUUUUGAUUCUCACGCCCGGCGUGGGCCUCGACGCGACGGGCGAUGGAAAAGGCCAGCAGUACCGCACGCCUGAUCAAGUUAUCCGCGAGAAUGACUGUGAUAUGAUCAUUGUCGGUCGCGGCGUGUACGGCCCGCUGCUGGACCAGUCGUCUGCACGCGACGACGCGCUCAAGCAGGUGCGCGACCAAGCAGAGCGGUACCGCAGUGCCGGCUGGGAUGCAUACCUUGCAAAAAUGGGCACUACAAGACGCCGCGCGGCGCGGCAUGCCUUGCCGACACCGCCCCAGACGCCGAUCAAGCGCGCCAAGCACACACUGGUAAAACACGAGCCGGACUCGCCGAGCCGCGGCGCAAUGCCCCUAAAGAAAAUUAAAAUGGAACUGACCGAGGAGGAACAAGGCAAGAUUCGUGUGCCAAAGCACUGGGAAGAAGUACAUGCAUGUCUCGCCAAGAUGCGCGAGGAGACCGUUGCGCCAGUAGAUACGAUGGGGUGUGUGGAGAAUGGCUUGGAAACGAAUCGUGCGGACCGCGGCAGGCUGGGCCCCGACGGCGCGGAAGAAAGCAAGGAGGAUGCUUUGCAGCGGUAUGAGUAUACGACACUCGUCAGCCUCAUGCUCAGUUCGCAGACCAAGGACACCGUCACUGCCCUCGCCGUGUACAAUCUCCAGCGCACCCUGCCUAACGGCGUCACGGUCGACUCUGUGCGCGGCGCGUCUGACGAUGUACUGCGCGAGUGUAUCUGCAAGGUGGGUUUUUUUCGGCGCAAGACCGAGUACAUCCGCAAAACUGCAGACAUCCUCGCGGAAAAGCAUGGCGGUCAGGUGCCCAAGACGAUCGACGAGCUGUGUGCACUGCCUGGAGUAGGACCCAAGAUGGCCUUUUUGCAAAUGCAGGCGAUGGGGUUCAAUGUGGGAAUCGGCGUCGACACACAUGUGCAUCGCAUCGCCAAUCGCCUCGGCUGGUGCAAGACCAAGACGCCGGAGCAGACGCGACUCGCGCUGCAGAGCUGGCUGCCAAAGCAUCUCUUCCGGCAGAUCAAUAAGCAAAUGGUCGGGUUUGGCCAGGUGAUUUGCGUGCCGAUUGGGCCGCGCUGCGAUGUAUGCACAAUUGGCCAGCGGCGCCUCUGCCCUUCGCGCCAGCGCGUCGAACAAAAUUCGAUUGCGAAGCGCGCGCCCAUCUACUAUCGCGAUGGGACUGUGCUUGUAGGGAACAAACGUGUGACGCUCCACGCGUUCAAACAAGAAGCGCUGGACACUUCCGACCAGGAAAUGAUCGAUACCGUCGUCAAAACGGAGCAGGUAUUGGAGUGGUAG